AUGGCUGAUCCAUUAUCCAUCGCAAGCGGCGUCGCUGGCCUUGUAUCCCUUGGCCUAACUAUCUGCAGCGGUCUUCACAAUUAUUUUAGCGCCGUGAAAGAUCGACACCGAGACAUCGAGACAGCCAGCCAAAGCCUUACACUUUUGCAGUCAAAUAUCUUCAUCAUCCAGACGAGCACACUGAAGCUCGGUCAGCGUCACGCCUUAUCCGCCAAUGGAGUCAAUCAAGGUCUGGCUAAUUGCGAGUCGCAGCUCAUGGCCCUGCAGCAGAUGAUGCUGGACCUUACCCGAGACGAGGGCCUGAGUGAUACGAAGGGAAGAUGGAGAAAGCAAAUGGUGGUAGCUCGAUAUCCGUUUGAUCAGAAGCGGUUGAUUCAACUUCAAGAUCAGCUAUCCAAGGCCAAUAUGACUUUGAGUACUUUUGUUCAAAUCUUCAAUCUUGAUGUCAACAUUGGCAUCAGCGAAGAUCUGCGGAUUUUAAAAAGCAGUAUUAAUACUAACGAUAACUUUACGCACAAUAUGUUGCACACAAUCUCCAGACAGCUUGAAAACAUCGGACCAGUUAUACAACGCACGGAUAUGGAAGUGACAACAAUAUCGGAACGAGUUCAACAGAACUGCCUCGCUUCUAGCAACUAUGUCUCGGACGCCGCAGUCAAAUCUCGAUAUCUGGAGAAUCAUCAGAAUGAAGCAUCAGAGUUGGGAAGGCUGAUCAGUCCAAGAUGUACUUGUUCCAACCUUGCGCCUAAUUCUAUUUAUCGAAGAUCAUCCUAUGUCAAUCAGUCAUGGAGAGGCUUGGUCAUCUCAAAGCAAGAGCAUAAACGAGAACGCCAUCGUCCUGGUUGCAUUUUCUUUAGUGCAUCACCCUGGACGUCAAAGACUACAUUCACGUAUCUCGGCCUUCGAUAUUGGGUAUCUCGAAUGCUGUCUAUAACACUGACUCGAGAAUACCCUGCUGGGGCAUAUAGUCUUUCCUUUGCGAUACAGCCGUGCAACGUUGUCCAAUCGAGUCCAGCAUUUGAAGCUAUUCAUCGCCUUGGACGAAGCUACCUUUAUAAUUUGUGGCGUUGCGAGGCUUUGUUUGGGGAGCCAUGGGCUUUUAAAAUCGCAAUGCAACAAUACCGUCGUUUCGACCUACGGAAAGAGACAUCGGCUUUGAUACUGAAGCUAAGGACUAUUUAUGCCUCAGGCUUAGCGUCGCCAUUUGAUGUAGACGCCUCUGGAAGUAACAUCGCCUAUGUAUCCCUAAGUUUUUAUCAAAGGCUGUUGGGACUUCGAACUUCAGAAGAUACACCGAGUCUCGAGGAUGUAUUCGAGUCCAUUUGCUCGCUUUUGUUGUAUAUGUUUGACGCUGGGGUUCCAAUCACAGCCAGCAAUAAUGAUAAAAAAACAAUUCUUGGAAACUUGUGUUGGCCUGAAUUCUUAGAGAAGCUUCCCCGACUGUACAAUUUCAUGGCCACCCUCGAUACAUCGCUCUGCGUCGAAAGCGUUGCCCAUACCGACCUAUGGCCUGCCAUCGCCGAUAGAGGAUCGAUUUCUGGGAUAUUGGAAGUUUGGGGCGAGUACCCGGAGAUCGCUGAAGCUUUUGGAUUUAAUGAAAUUUUCUGUGCAGUGAUGCAAAAAGACAAGAAAAAGCUCGAAGCUGUUCCAAUGGACGGCCAACUUCCUCGAGGCAUUCUAGAAACAGAUAUAUUGUUAUUCAAGCAUUUGCAGAAUCGGCGGCGACGACUACGCGACCUUUCUCUUGCAUUCCUACCGUCAGGAAUCCGAGACUGUUACGGAAUUGUCUUUGGGUCUCUUCCUGAUGCUACAGCAAAGCUACUUUGGGAAGAGCUACAAACAUGCUCGAUUAAAUCAAAAAGUGAGGAGUUCGAGAUUAAUCCAGGCCUCAAACCCUUUUGUCCGGGCCGAUACUCUGGAGGCCUAUUUGAUGAACCUCUUGCUCUACGAACAUGUUCGCUUGCCGAAGAGUUUGGAUUCAAAGUAUCAGAUGAGGGUGGCCUUCCACCAUUUUUUGCGCGCUUUAGACAGCGGCUUGUUUGCAUGAUGACCUCUAACAUUUGUGAUAUGAACGUGCUCUAUCUGGAUUGGCUGCUGAAGCAUGAUCUUAAUCAGGAGUAUUUGGCUCGUGGCUUCCAGACAUCGGUCCUUCAUGAUUUAGGAGAACGCAUGGGUCGGAAUCACCUUUUUACGUUUCUUCGCGAGCAUUCGACCAACAAUCAGCCUUGGAAAGCAAUCAGUCUGAUCGCCAAGAUAUGCAACAGCGAAAUGCAGUCCCACUUACCAUGUCCUUGUGUAUCAGGUGCCUAUAACAGACCGUUGGCUUGGUUAAUAUCUGGAUUCGCAAAGAGUUUGCCCAAAUAUUUUGGGGUUCUCGACAGUAUUAGAAGCAUGCGCAAUUUCGCUGGUCGAAUCGAAAAAUCAAUAAUUAAGGUUGACAAGUCAUAUCUAGCUAGAUGCGCUACCCACAUAAUGACAAUAGACUUGCUAGGCAUCAGACACAUUGGGCCCUGUCCUAAGAGCAGCUCGAUAUGGAAUAUCAGAGUAUCAGCUGACGAGGAUGAAUGGGCAGAAUUAUUGGACGAGGACAGGCUUUUAUGGAAGAAGGUUGAUGAUCUCGAUGAAGACUUUAAAAGACAGUUCCAAUGCCGGAACCAGACGGUGGCAGACUUUAUAGGAGGUUACUAUACUGAGAGAAUGCUGGAAGUGCUGGAAGAAGUGCAUGAAUCACCGACGAGUGAUCAUCGGACCGGAUUAGUGGCUGCAGGGGUGGCCCUAGUAGAUCUGGAAGAGAGUAGCUUUGGCCUGAGGUUGUAUGGGGUGACGAAAGAUGAAGAUUUUUAUUAUGAAGACAGCGACAGUGGCGAGUAA